CGGAAAUCCAACACGACUGGUUGGUUUCUGGACGGGUUGUGGGUAACAGAGAAGUUGGGGGCAGACUAUUUUCUCUCCCUGCAGGCUGCAGACCAACCAUGGCGAGUUGAAAACCCGGGAGACCUCGAACCUCAACGGAACUUUGGGGCUGCAGAAGGAUUCAUUAUUUAAGCAUUAUUAUUAAGGGGCACAGACGUGCGUUGUUCAUGGCUUCUUCAUCAAGAAUGGGUGUUCGUCAUACAUACACCUCACACACCCUCUCCAUACUCCCUCGCGAGUUAUCCUCGCCGUUCGAUUUAAAAAAAAUGAGCAGCCAACAGAAGAUAAUAUGCUAUGGCUCCACAGGAACACGUUUUGGCAACAAUACGAAAUGCCCAGAUUCCGAUUCUUGUUGCCAGACUGCAGAGCAAUGCCGACCGGAUCGAUUGUGCGUCUCCAACAAGGACCCAGAUACUCUCGUCCGCGCGCCAUGCAGCGCCAACCCUUGGAAUGACAAUUGUGCCAAAGUUUGUAUAGAGGAGGAUUCAUCUGGAUUCCUUCCACGAGUCAAUAUAUGCAGAGACGGCAGCUAUUGCUGUGUCAAAGAUCCAACCUGCUGCGCCGACAAGCGUGGCUUUUUUUUGAACGAUGAUGGAUCCAUUGAACGUCGCGCGAACGAGACCCUUCCCGAGGAGACCACAUCCGAAAUCAUUUCCAAGACCACCUCUAGCAAGGAGGCAUCAACCACGACCACAUCCAUCUCAGUUCCCAACGAAACUCAACCUACCGGCUCACCGACCUCCACCAUAUAUCCCGAUAAUCCUCAACCCGCAUUGUCAUCUCCCGGAAUGUCACAGCCGGCAAAAUUCGGCAUAGGAUUCGGCGUGUCUUUCGGGGUAAUCCUGCUCGGUCUCGUUGCUUUUUUUGCCUGGCGCAGUCGACAACGAAAGAGCCGAUUACAAGUAAACCCGUCAGCCUAUCCCACCUACGGUCAAUCAAACAAGAUAGGUGAAGUGCCGGUUGAGCUGCCCACCCCUCAGCAGCAAGCUCCGGUUUCUGAGCUUGAGGGGUAUCAUAGCCGCGAUUCUAGGAGAUGAUUUUUGUCUGUUAUCAGGUUUUGUCUUUCUUCCGCAUGCAAAUUGUUGGGAGAACUCCACCAAGCGCAACCAUAUAUAUGUUACUGUCGAAAAUAGCUCUUUAAUAUCCCACGCGUUCUUGAUAGCGUUACAGAUGACGGCUUCACCUUCGGAGCUUCUUGCGAUUGCCUUCCGCACCCGUGAUUUGAGUUGGAUUUCAUUUCAAAAUUCCCUUUCUUUUUUAUUUAUUUUAUCAUGCUUAUUAUAAGUUUUGUCUAUACAAUAUUCCCCUGUUCGCUCUAACCAUGUCUCUGUUUUUCAUGAUUUUUUUUUAUCCCGAUAGUGGGAUCUCUAUUAAUAUUACUCUUAUAUCACAUCCAUCCAUGUACAUAUAUCUUUGUUCCCGAGGGAAGUCGCGUUGGGUGAUAGAGAACCCAUUAUCUUCAAGGGAAAUUUGUAAGAAUAUAUAUUGGAUGAGCCUGUUUUCGGAGCAGUUUCACUGUACAUAUAGAUAUCUAUAUUCAUCUAUCCCUCUCAAAAUUAGACCAGAACCGUGCUGGUUAGAGCAUUUCCUAUCUUC